GUCAAUUAAUAACCAGAGAAUGUGACCCCAUUUCUUCCCUUGGAAAUAUAGGACAAACCAGAGUUGAUUAUGGCACUUGAAAAGGCUUAGGUUGUUCGUGAAGGUGCCAAGAGAGACUUGUAUCUGUUUAUUCUGAUGGAGGAAAACAAGGGAAGCAAGAAGCCAUUUUAAGGCAUUAGAACCAUGCAAUAAAAGGGGAAUAGGGAGUGAGGUCUCGCUAGCUGAAUACAGCUUUCUGUAUACGUGAGGAUAUUAAGAAGGACAUGGAGAAAUUGAUGGUCGGAAACUGCUCUAAUCCAAUCUGGUUUGUCCUACUCCUCUGUUUUCUCUCAAGUUUGAUUUUCCUCUUAGUUGAUUAUAUGGCUGCAAGUAGUGGGAAGCAAAGUGGGGCGACAUUUAUUCUCAACAACUUUGCAAAUGAUGGAACAUUUACUUCAUCAAACUUUGCUGCACCGAGUUUAAAGAAUCAGAGUCAAGAAAUUAGCUCACCUUCUGUGAGAAAUACUAAAUUUGUUAAGAAUUUAGAUGAUUCGUGUUCGGGUCGAUAUAUUUAUAUUCAUGAUCUUCCUAGCCAGUUCAACAAAGAGUUGCUCUUGAAUUGCAAUUCUCUUAUCCAAUGGAUGAACAUGUGCCAAUAUGUAUCCAACUUGGGUCUUGGUCCUCAGGUAGACAAAAAUGAAUCAGUUAUACUGAAAGGGGGUUGGUUUGUCACAAACCAGUUUAUGUUGGAAGUCAUAUUCCACAACAGGAUGAUGCAGUAUCAAUGCUUAACAAAUGACUCAUCGUUGGCAUCUGCAAUUUAUAUACCAUUUUAUGCUGGCCUUGAUGUGGGGCGGUACCUGUGGGGUUUUAACAUCUCAGUGAGAGAUGCUAAUUCUUUAGCUCUGGUUAAGUGGCUUGCAGACAAACCUGAAUGGAAGAGAAUGUCGGGUAGAGAUCACUUCCUAGUUGGAGGAAGGAUUGCUUGGGAUUUCAGAAGACCGACAGAUGAUGAUUCUGAUUGGGGUUCCAAGCUUAUGGUUUUGCCUGAAUCAAAGAACAUAACAUUGUUGACGAUCGAGUCAAGCAAGGAGGACAAUGAGUUUGCAAUACCAUAUCCAACAUACUUCCAUCCUUCAAAAGACAGGCAGAUAAUCAGGUGGCAGAAAAAGAUGAGAAGAACAGAAAGGCAAUACUUGUUCUCUUUUGCUGGUGCCCCACGGCCCAAUUUAUCGAAUUCCAUUCGGAGUGAGUUGAUUGAUCAAUGCCGCUCUUCAUCCACAUGCAAUUUCCUUGGUUGUUAUAAUAAUGGAACAAAUAAGUGUGAGGACCCAAUAAAUGUGAUGACGGCAUUUCAAAGCUCAGUUUUUUGCUUACAGCCUCCUGGGGAUUCAUUCACUAGGCGAUCCACUUUUGACUCCAUUUUAGCUGGUUGUAUUCCCGUUUUCUUCCAUGAGGAUUCUGCUUAUUCACAAUACUUGUGGCAUUUACCAAAGAACUAUACAAAGUAUUCUGUGAUGAUACCAUUAAAUGAUGUAAAGGAUAGAAAGGUUUGUGUCAAUGAAACAUUGCUUAGAGUUCCGAAGAAUGAUGUGUUGGCUAUGAGAGAAGAGGUUAUAAAGCUCAUUCCAAGUAUAGUUUAUGGAGAUCCAAGGUCAAGGUUAGAGACCCUUGAAGAUGCAUUUGACAUAGCAGUUAAGGGUGUUCUUGAGAGAGUAGAGACAGCAAGGAGAGAGAUUGAAGAGAGUAAGUUGUUGACUAAAAAAUUUAGUUUUAAGAAUUUCUUCUUUCCAUGAUCUUGUAAGUUAUUAAGUUAGUGCCUUGGAAGUGUUUGUCUUUUGAUACUGAUUGUUGUCGUAAUUCUAUUUUGAUCAGUCCACUAAUCAUGCUAUAUAUUGAACCAAUUUCAUUGUAAUUUUAGUCGAAAUUUGGAUAGUUCUGAUCAUCAUCAUCUUAUUUACUUGUCAAUAAACUCUCGAUCGCAGUGUUAAGAAACUUAGGGUU